AUGUCCCCGAUCGUGUCCAAGGAGGGAGGUCCGGUAGGAGGGGCGGUUGAAGAGAAGCCCAAGGAGACCGUCCCGGUUUCUUCCCCCGUUCCAGUCCGUUACUCCAAAGUUCUCAAGAAGUAUCUCUUGAACCCAGAUUACGAGGUUCGAAAGAAGUACGGUACAAUCGAGAACUACAAAGGUCGCAUGGUCCAGGCGGGCUUCUUCCAGCUUGAUGACGGUGUCUCGUGGGUCAACUGCUGGGACGAAGAUGGCGAAUUCAUUCCAGGACCAUACAAGCUAUGGUGCCUCGACAAGCGCAACGAUCGCUUCCGCCACAUGCUGCGAGCCGAUGACCCGGAGUACCAGCGCUCGCAGUCCAGUUCUCGCACGGCUUCCCGGGCCAACUCCUUCGAGCACGAAGCCAGCUCUCGUCGCAACAGCCAGGAUUCGCGUAGCACGCAGUAUCGUCCGGGUCCCGGAAGCACUUACGAUGGACCUAGCGUGCCGUCCUCGCGCGCCAACAGCAUCAGGAACUUCACUCCAUCGGACCCCAACUCAAAGGCCGGCAGCCGAGUCAACUCGCGUCGUAAUAGCUUUACACGCGGUCAGCGGAGUCCCCGUAUCCUGCUCGACGAGGCGAACCCUGCGCUGAGGGAGCUGGCCAUGUCGCAGGCUGCCAAAGAGCGCUCAAAUCGCUCCAUCGAAACGACCAAGGUUUAA